CCACUUGAGACACAGCUAUCUAAAACAAAAGUAUGAUUUCCUCUGAUUCCGGUGUUCCAUGUUUUUUUUAUUUUCCUCACCCUGACCUCGCCUGAGCUCCUCAUCACCCACGUUCUCUCGGCUCUCAGCGUGACGUAUGUCCUGGCGCCCGGUUAGUUAGCUCCAUAGCUAGUUAGCUAGUUGUUGUAGUUGACAGCGCACACUGGAGUCGGUAAGCGUUAGCUAACCAGCUAGUAACUAUCGUUUCCUGCCCUGGUGACUGUCAGUACCUGCCAUGGACGACGAUAGCUACCCUAAAACCCUGUAUGUGGGAAACCUCUCUCGGGAUGUGACUGAAAUUUUGGUUCUGCAACUCUUCACCCAGAUUGGACCUUGUAAAAGUUGUAAGAUGAUCACAGAGCACACAAGCAACGACCCCUACUGCUUUGUGGAGUUCUUUGAACACAGAGAUGCUGCUGCAGCCCUCGCAGCCAUGAAUGGAAGGAAGAUAUUAGGAAAGGAGGUCAAAGUAAACUGGGCAACCACUCCAAGUAGCCUGAAGAAAGACACAACCAAUCACUUCCAUGUUUUUGUGGGUGAUUUGAGCCCAGAGAUUUCCACCGAGGAUGUCAAGGCUGCUUUUGCACCUUUUGGGAAAAUCUCGGACGCCCGUGUUGUGAAGGACAUGGCGACAGGCAAAUCAAAGGGGUAUGGAUUUGUGUCCUUCUACAACAAACUGGAUGCAGAGAAUGCCAUUGUCAACAUGGGGGGACAGUGGCUCGGAGGACGCCAGAUCAGGACCAACUGGGCAACACGUAAACCACCAGCUCCAAAGAGUUCCCAGGACAAUUGCUCAAAGCUGCUGAAGUUUGAUGACGUAUUGACUCAGUCCAGUCCACAGAACUGUACCGUGUACUGUGGGGGGAUCCAGUCAGGAUUAUCAGAACACCUAAUGCGACAGACCUUCUCACCUUUUGGUCAAAUAAUGGAAGUCAGAGUUUUCCCAGAGAAAGGAUACUCUUUCAUCAGGUUUUCCUCCCAUGACAGUGCUGCCCAUGCGAUUGUUUCAGUCAAUGGCACAGCCAUUGAAGGACAUAUGGUGAAGUGCUACUGGGGCAAAGAAUCUCCUGACAUGGCGAAAAAUCCACAGCAGGUUGAGUACAAUCAGUGGGGACAAUGGAACCAGGUCUAUGGAAGUCCACAGCAGCAGUAUGGCCAAUAUGUGACCAACGGGUGGCAGGUUCCCUCCUACAGCAUGUACAGCCAGACAUGGAACCAGCAAGGAUUUGGCGUAGAGCAGUCCCAGUCACCAGCCUGGGUGGGAAACUUUGGAUCUCAGUCAGCCCAGGCUGCAGCCCAACCUGGUCCAGUAAUGUCCAACUUGACCAACUUCAGCAUGGCUGGCUACCAAUCACAGUGAGCUGGCUCUAAACUAAGUGUAACAACAAGGAGCAAUUGUGAAGCCUUCAGACCACACAGCACUCUUUCAACUGGACAUCUUUGGUAACAGAGGGGCAGGGGCCAUAUUCACAAAGCCUUUGUAGCAAGUAGUUGCUCCUGCGCUAGUAAACUGAUUCUUUUAAAUGACUAUGUUAAUUUGACUUAGAACUUCUUUAAAGUUUAUUUGAUGAUAAUUAAGAGUUCUACUAUGGAAAAGUGCUCUUGGGCAUCUGAAGUAAAUCCAAACCACCUGACUAUCUGUCCAGCCUUGUAAAUGUUUGGCCCAAUGAAAAUCAUACCUGGUCUGUGACAAGAGGAUUUGCAGCUUUAAGAUGCAUACUGGAUAGGUAUCUAACAGACAGACUCUUUGGUGCUUUUCCUCUCAUCACAUCAUAUAAGUUGAUAAAUGGGCCAAACCAUCAAAAAAAGAGCUAAAUUGUUUCUAAAAAUUAUAAAAUCCCAACAAAACAGAUUUUAUUCUGUGAAGCUAAAAGCACAUUUAACUAUAAGCCAUCGUGUUACUCCAGCAGCUCACUGGAAUAUGAUGAGGAUUCAAAUCCUCUGAAACCUCAAACUUUAUAACGUGUUAAACUAUUAAACUAUAGCAAUAUCUGCCCUCACUUUGCCAAUAUGGUUUUGUAAUAUUUCUGUGAAAAUAUGUUGGCUCGUUACAGACUCGUCAAAAUAUUUACUUGUCAUACUUCGGGCAUUUUUCUCUCAUUUUAUACAACAGAGGACAAAUCCACACAGGUCUUCAUACGUUAAUUUUUGUAAUAUAUGUCAGUUUUUUAAAAGGCAUACAGUGAUGACAGUAUUCUACAGAACGUAUGAUCAGUUAUCAUGAAUGUGUGCAACAUGAUCUGCUUCAGUUCAUACAAGAUCUAAAUUUAGUCCUGUUUGAUACAUUGAUGAAAAUGCUUUGUGAAUAGAGGCCCUGGAACCAUAGUUUACCUUUCCAGUACAUGUGAAAAGACUAUUUGUACAAUAAACAAGGCUUUAAAGGAGAUUAUAGCGCAAAUUAUAGCGCAAUGUGCUGUCUCUUGGGUAAAUUUUGUGUAUUAAAAAAAAAACUUUCACCUUCAUGGCUCUCAAAGUAAAAACAAAUAUGUUUUUCAUGUUUUGUAUCAGAGUGAUCAGUAUGUUCUUUGCAGACUUUUGAUGGAUUUUACUUUACACUGAAAUGUAGCCUAGGUAAGACUAAUUUAUAAUCCUGUGUCUCAAAGCAAAGGCUAUUUAGCACAUUCUUUCUGUACAAAGAAAAUAUUGUUAGAACAGUGCAACCCCCAAACUUUGUAAAUUUCACUGAUUGUGUGUGCAGAUUCUGGGGCUGGUUUCCUAGAGGAACAUUGAACUUAAAUAUUUUCUUCCUGAUCCCUUCCUCUUGUUAACCUCAGUUAAAUUAAAGUUAUUUCUUUCUGAUGGCUCUGAGAGUUUGCAAAAAACUGAAGACUCAAUUUAUCACAAAAACCAGCCCCUUAAGACAUUGCAUCAUGUUUUACAUCAUUCAAAAUAUUUUCAGUGGCCCGUUUGUGUUUAAAGACAAAAACGUUUACACACUAUAAAUUGGGAUUGUUUUAAUUUAUACACAUUUGGUGGAAGUGGAAGGUUUUCUAAAUGUCAAUAAUUUGUCAGGGCCGCAUUCUUUUUUGCCCUUUUCCUUAUUAUUUCGCAGAAUGUGUUUAUAUAGCCCAGGUGAACUAUUAAAACAUUCCCUGGCAAAUUGGGACAAGAUGAUUUCUCAAACACAUUCUGCUAUUUGGAUUUUAUUUACAUAUGUGCCAUUCUGUACAGUGUACCACACUCCUUGAAAGCUCACUCUACUCCUGUCGUACUAGCCAACAUACUUGAUAAUGUUUUUGUUACUUUAUUAGAGCGGGGGUUGUUCAUUUAACAAAACAGGGUCAUGUUUGCUGAGUGUAAAUAUAAACCUUGAUCACAGACCUUCAUGAAACUUAAUAAAUAAUGUACAUACUGUAGGUAGAAUGUUAUGAGAUAAAAUGCCAUCAUUAAAUUUCAGCAAUAUUAUUUAUGCAUAAGCCUUAAUUGAUGUGCUGGUAAAUUCAAACUUUGUUAUUUGCGGAGGCUCCAUUACAGAUCUAAAUUCUUUUCCACUGUGGAUUUUCCCAUUUUUAAGUCUGUGUGCCAUUUUCAGGACGUAGCAGGAGGCAGGAGAAGUUUCAGCUCGAACUGCACGCUUAUGACACAUGCUAUAUUUCUUGCUUAAAAUGAUGAAUGUAUUGGCAAUUUGCUUUUAUGACGAUAAUACAUGUACAUUGAACAACAGAAGUGAUGUUUGAUAAUAAAGGAUGAAAUCAGUUUUCCAUUGAACAGAAAAUAUCAAGUCACUUCAAAUAAAGAAACAUUUCAAACUG